AUGUCUGACUACUGUAGAAUAUGCCUUGAAGAGGAUGCACUUGAUAACCUUCUAAUUCCAUGUAAUUGUAAAGGAACCCAAAAAUUCACUCAUAAAUCAUGUUUGCAUCGGUGGCAAGAGACUACAUUGAACAAUUACUUAUGCUGCCCGGAGCGUUAUGAUUUAGAACAAGUUUUAACGUGCCGAUUAUGCAAAACGAAGUACAACUCAACUUCAGCCAAUUUUUCUUGACGGCUUUUAUAUACUUCGUCUCCUUUACUAGCCUUAGCGAGAAAGCACACAUGCGUUCUCACUUUCGGAAUCAGUUCUUUUAUGUGUUUUUCAUUUUGACUAUUUUUCCCAAUCCUCUUCAAUGUUGCAAUUUUUUCUUACGUUGUAUUUUGGAAAAAAGGGUAUCGAUUUAAGUUUAUCGGGACAAAUGAAGGCAUAAGACUUCGGAUUUACAAGAUUGGGCUGAAAGUAAAUGAGCUUAAAUCAGGGACAAUUUUAAAGGCCACUAAUAUGAUUCGAGAUGGAAUGUUUAAAAAUUCGAAAAUCCUGAUUGUAAAAAAUAAAGAAGAAGGAGCUGUAGGAUUUAUUUUUAACAAAUUCAUAGGUAAUUUAUAUUCAGAUGAGACCGAAAAUAUAAGGUGUGGAGGACCUGUAAAUCAAAGCUCAGUCCAUGUAUUGCAUGAUAACCCAGACGUAGAAGGAUGUGAAAAGAUCACUGAUGGUAUUUAUAUUGGAGGAAAAUUGAUCCCAAGACCAGAAAAUACAAUAUGUGCUAUUAUUAAAGGGUAUUCAGCUUGGGAUUCACUCCAGCUUGACGGAGAAGUCAGGUCAGGGUUAUGACAAAUUGACAAUACUGAAUGUGCCUGUUUAUGAUAA